GGCCUCGUGUUCAUCGUAAAACGUUAAACGCAUAUUCUUAAUGUAUGCUUUUUUUUAAAGCAACAAACACAAAGUAUCAGAAAUAGUUAUAAUUACUAUAGAAAUCAGUCAAUAACUUUGGUCAAUUAAGACGAAGAGACUAAUUUUUUUUUACUGAAGAUUUUAAUAUAGUGCGUGUUUGUGUGGUUAUGUGUGUAUAUGACUGUGCACGUUUACGCCCAAAUAUAUUUGUUUUACGCGCUUUUACAUUUAAGGCAAUUAAUUCAUUUAGUGGAAUUCUUAAGCGAAUGCCAUCAAUUUGUACGAUUUGACUAACCGAAUUUGAUUUAAUUUGUAUACAUUUACAAAAAUGGAUCAAAUCUUGUGACGGCGCGUUUCGUCUCUUAUCAAUUAAGGCACUUUUUCAAAUGAAAUGGCAAAAUACUAUUUUGUGAUAAGAUAUUAAAUGAAAUAAAGUAAAAAUAUGGAACAUUCAACAUUUGAAGAUCAAAUAUUUAGUGACUUCUCAGGACCUUUAAGUCCUUUAGGCAGUAAAGCCUUAGCGCCUACAUCGUCGCCGUCAAUGAGUGUUGUGCCACAUGCAAUGCAUUCGGUUAUGCUAAGCUUGCCUGCCGGUGCCACGGUAAUGCAACAUGGUAGCAAUAAUGAGUUAUGUGGUCAGCGUUUACCGGACUGCAAUACACUGCUUGCUUCCGGUUCGCCGAAGAUGGAUCCCUACAAGUCAAGCGAUUAUGGUCAGAAAAUGGAAUUUGUUAGCAAAAUGGGUUGUUACUCGCCUACACAAAAGUUCGAAUUUAUAGCAACCGCUGGCAAUAACAACCGUGACCAUAUACAUCAACAAUAUUCGCCGCCACCCAAUAAUGGCCACCAUAACAACAACAACAGUAGCAACAAUAAUAACGGUCUCGUCCCUAAACAACCAAUGCAUCAUCACAAUCAUCACCAUCAUCACCACCAUCCUAAUGCCGCCGCUGCUAUGCUUAGUGAUUAUCACACUUCUCUACACGCUCACAAUAACGGCAAAAUGGAGUAUGAGUCACACGGCCAACAUCCCCAUCAUCCCCAUCAUAUAACAACGCACAUGUAUGGCGGUAGUCCUCACCAUCAUAAUAACAACCACGAAAUCAUCAAUAACGGCCUCAACGGUGAGCAAAGUAUGACUUUGACCCCAAAUGGAUUAAUUAACACCACCAUACCCGGCAAUGCGAACUCUGAAGGUGGUCUUUUGAAUGGUGUUAAUGGAAGUGGAAUAAGUUCUGGGAACUCACCUCCCGAACCAAACAAUAAUAACCUAACGGCGGCAGUUAAUGGCGUCAACCUUAACAACCUUAACAACUCCCCCUCGAAUGGCAUUAAGCUUAACAAAAACAAACAAGAUGAACUAUGUUCGAACCAAAACGUUGAUAAUGCAAACAGCGGCCCUACAACAGUUAACAGCAAUUGCACUACAAGCAACAACAAUACGCCACCGGCUGCGAAGAAAACUGACAAAAAAAAAGGAGAUCCAAAUGGAAUUAAAAAAAAAAAAACCAGAACUACAUUCACUGCUUAUCAACUGGAAGAGCUGGAACGCGCUUUCGAACGUGCUCCCUACCCUGAUGUAUUCGCCCGUGAAGAGUUGGCAAUAAAACUAAAUUUAAGCGAAUCACGUGUUCAAGUGUGGUUUCAAAACCGCCGAGCAAAAUGGCGCAAACAUGAACCUCCACGCAAAACCGGAUACAUAAAAACUAGUACGCCACCCACUUCGACAUUGAACAGUGCUUUGGCGGCACCGUUUGCCACAUUUCCGCAAACCAGCACAGUUACACCUCCGGGUAGUAUGGAUAGCUGGACCAGUUAUCAACCGCCAUAUGAGUUGAGCCCACAAUUCAGCUUAUUGUCACCGGCCGCCAGUCCGUACGGCACUUAUUCCAGCCAGUAUGGAACUUACGUUCACGAAUCUCAAAUAUUCCCGAUGCGUCAUUUCGAAUAUGGAAGUCCCCCUAGAAUCGAAAUGACUACGAACGGUCCAGAUGAGGCAACACAAAAGGUGCAUGCAACUGAUGCAGGUGGUUAUGUAACGGGGCCAGGUUUGGUGGGGGAUUUAUCGGACGGCAGUACAGUUCAAUUAGUACAUCAACAAAAUAGUAGCAACAAUAACGCCGUCGCGAAGUAUAUGCCAACUGAAGAAGCUAAAUAUAUAAGUGUUGGGGCUGUAACGCAAACUUUGAAUGCAAUUGAUAGCAACGGUGCAAAUGUUUGUCACAUGAGUCAAGAUCCCCAGCAUCAACCACAACAUCAGCAACACGAUACGAGUGUAACAGUGUUAAAGCAACAUCACUAUGUAAACGUAGCGACACCGACUGGCAUUGUCGGCGAUGACGCCAAUGAUCCCAACCUACAAACUGUGAUUAAAAGCGAAGACGGCGCAGGCCAACAACAACAGCAACAAAAUGGCGGCGUUCCAACACACAGUUAUGUGUUGCCGCCUUUUUUGCAUUAAAAGAAAUGCUCGCACAUCGACACAUUUGUCCUCAUCGAACGACAACACCUAUAUUGCGUAAAAAAUGGCAAACGCGCAAACAGCAACAAUGGGAAUGUCAUGUGAACCAAUUUUCGAAAUCAUAGGGGAGAAUUUAACCAAAAAAAGAAAAAUCGUAAGUCUCUUUUGAGUGCUGAGCAUUUCUUAAAUUUAUAAUAGUUUUCUAAACAAUAUUUUAACAUAAGUUAUUGACUUGUGCUUAGUUAAUUUAUGCAACAAAAUCCUAAGUCUUACCAAAGCUUUAUGUGUGCAUUCCGCAUAUUUUAUUUGAGUAAAGAUAAAAGUGCUAAUCCGUCAAUAGUGAUAUGCAAGUAACUAUUUUGUGUAAAGAUGUAAAAAUGCCAGCAAUACAAUCUGUUCUAGAGCCAGAGACCAUGAAAUUGAAUUACAUCUCAGAUCCCUUAAAUGCUAAGUCCACCUUUGCAUAAUAAGGGACCUUAAAGCCAGUUACGCACCAAAUUAUACUCUUUCCAUUCUUAACAUUCUAUUUAGAAUAAGAUCGUUUCCCAAAAAAAUACUUCAACAAAAGUGGUAAGUAUGUUCUUCAUUUUCUUGAUAAAUUCCAAAUUUCUAGUUUUUUUAUGAUAUCUUUUUUACGUCCGUUCUUGAACGAACUGUUUUUUAAAUAUCUUUCAUUAUUGUAAAUUCUGUAUUCUAAACUAAGAAGGGGGUCAAAAAUCUGCCGAUGACUAGUCAAAACAAAGAGUGAUAUAUAAGCUCUCAUAUUUACAUCAUUGGGCCAUUCAUUAACGCUGCAACACUGGACGAACGAAUUGACGAAAUAUUAUACUUUAUAAAAACGGACAAUCAAUUUCACUGAAUGCAGUCAUAACGCUAUCUUGCAUCCUGGGUAUUGUCGACACAUAACGCAAGAAGUUUCAUAUUGUUCAUGUUAGUGAAAUUUAAAAAUUCCAGUAGACGCGUUGACGAACAGUCGAACGAACAUUAAUAAUAAUUAACACCUAAACCAAAAAAAUAUGCACACACCAAUCCUUAUGUAGCUUAUGUAGCCGAAGUUGAUUGUUUAAGUAUUCGCAUAUCCCCCGAUCUACAAAUCAUCGGAUAAAGUGAAUAUCAUAAUACAACAAAUUUUUACCCACCUAAAAGCUAAGGCUCGAGGAAUGAAUUUGUGAGCUCUAGCAGGAAAAAAAUCUUGGAAAAUUUCGUUUUUUAGACGUCGAGUACUUGAACAUACAAGUAUAUUUUACCAGUCAGGUGAAUAAAUUACGUUUUCUAUCGACGUCUUUAACAUGGUUUUCAAAUUCUUUCGAGACACAGAUUAUUAGCAGCAGUAAAAAUGUUUUAAAUUUUGUAUAUGGAAAUUAACUAAAAGCUUAUUUACUCAGAAGUAAACAUUGCACGCAAAUAUUGCGGAGUUAAUCAAGAAUGCUGUAUUGACCACAAAUAACCGAGAAAGUUAUUAAGCACAUGAAUAUCAAUAUAUGUAUGUAUUUAAAAAAAUACAGAUAUUGCUCUGAUGUUGCUCUUACAAGUGUUCCACGAAUUCCACCUUUGUGGUGAGCUAUUGAAUGAGGAGCAAUAAACUAAUACUAACAACUUAAGCAUUCAACGGCAUAUAACUCGAAUCAUCUAAAGUUUUUCUAGAUUUUGUACGUGAUUUGUAUGGCAACUUCAAUAUCAUUUUCAGUCGCGUUUACGUGGACGAUAGAUAACUUUUGUGCUAGCUACGUAAAAGUAGCGGAAGACGCAAAACAGUUGGUAGACCAGUGUACGUAGAAUAUUAAAUAGAAAAUAAUGGGAAAUGAAACAAUUUACAGCAUUUUAAACUUCUUUUCAAUUU